ACUCUCUGCACAGUGCAGCAAACAACGAAGCUUUCGCGCCCAAAAUCAAACCUCGAUUUCUCUCUCAAAUUGCACGCUUCUCUUGUUCCUCCAAUCCUCGAUCUGCAGCAUUCUUCUCCCUGUUAGGUUUUUUUGUACGAAAGCACAGAUUUCAGGUUCGAAAGAGGUGAUUGAGUUCAAGUUCUGUGGAUACAAGAAAGGAAACAAGCUACAAGCGUUUAGGUGUUUAGACCCAUACACAUGUAAAGUAAGUAUCUGACAGCCAAAAUGAGAUGCAAUGCAUGCUGGCGAGAAAUAGAAGGGCGAGGGGUUUCCACAACAUGUGGUCACCUAUUGUGCACAGAUGAUGCUAAUAAGAUAUUAAGUAAUGAUGGAGCAUGCCCUGUUUGUGAUCAAGUCCUUUCAAAGAGUCUCAUGAAACCUGUGGAUGUCAAUCCCAAUGAUGAAUGGAUAAAUAUGGCCAUGGCGGGAAUAUCUCCACAGAUAUUGAUGAAGAGCGCAUAUAGAAGCGUGAUGUUUUACAUUGGGCAAAAAGAACUGGAGAUGCAGUUUAAGAUGAACAGGAUUGUUGCUCAGUGCCGGCAGAAAUGUGAGGUGAUGCAAGAGAAGUUUACAGAAAAACUGGAGCAGGUGCAUACUGCUUACCAAAAGAUGGCCAAGAAGUGCCAGAUGAUGCAACAGGAAAUCGAGAGGCUGAACAAGGACAAUCAAGAACUUCAGGAGAAGUUUGCUGAAAAAUCCCGGCAGAAGAGAAAAUUAGAUGAAAUGUAUGACCAGAUGAGGAGUGAGUUUGAGUCGGCGAAGCGAUCUGCCAUUCAGCCUGCACACAGCUUUUAUCCCAGAAAUGAACCUGAUUUGUUCACUAACCCGCCUAACAUAAUGGAUGAAAGAGAAACCGGCAGAAGAGGUGGGCCGGUAUUCACUCCUGACACUCCAGGACCAAGAGAGGAUGUAUGGCCAGCAAGACAGAAAAGCAAUAACUCUGGUCCCUUUGACAUCUCUGAUGUCACACCAGCAAUACAAACAGUCGUUACCGGGGAUGCUGGAAACAGAAGGCUUGGUGGUUCAUCUGUUUUUGGACCUGGUGCUACCAGUAACCCAUCAAUGACUUUGAGAAACUUGAUAUUGUCUCCAAUAAAGCGGCCUCAGCUCUCACGUAACCGCACCCAAAUGUUCACAUGAGGAAGAAACUCAAAUCUGCUGGGCUACAUUUCUGAACAUUCAUGUAUUUUGGGUUUCCAGGUUGUAGGAUUGAAUUUGAAGGAAGAUAACCUUCUCUGAUAUCAGUCAAGCUUUCUUUUCUUAUAGAUUAAGCUGCUUAAGGGAACAAUGAAUAUAUCAUUUUCGUUUCCGAGCUUCAAUCUGUAGAUAUAUAAUCCCAGAGUAUUUUAAGGUGAUUGGUGAAAAAUCCAAAGUGCAGCUUUGAAAACUUAUCAACUAAGAAGCCCCUGCAACA